AUGGUAGUGAAUGAAACUGAAAUUAAUGCAAUUAAUACAAUAAGUGAAGUGAAAGGAUAUCUUACUUAUAAUAAUUGUCAGAGAAGAUGCCAAAGUAAUGAUCAUUUUCAUGCAUAUACUCAACUUGCAGUUGAUCAUUUUUGUGGUAAUGAUCAUCAAUGUAUUGAGGAUUGUGAAGAACCAGGCAUUUGUAAAAUAUUAACAGAACCAAGGAAAGAGGAAGCAACUUAUCAAGGGCUGGUUACAGAAACUUCAAUUACUUUUACCAAAUAUAUUCAACAAUGUGAAAGACUUAAAUGCAAGAAAAGAAUACCACUAAACUCCUUCAGCCAUGAAGGAAUACAUUCACAUGAUUCAAGUGCUGAAAGUAAAUUUCACUAUUGUGAUAAAAAAUGUGAAUUCUGCAAAUAUUAUUGCAAACUAGCCUAUGGACACACACAAACUUUGCACGAAACUACUCAUGGGAAUAUGGUACAGACUGUAUUCACUUCAGAGGAUGAUGAAUUUGAAUAUAAUCAUCAUAAAUUAAAAAUUGGAGAUCAAGGUUCUUUUGUUCUUUGUAAUUUUCAUUGUAAAGAAUUAGGUCGUCAUAGACAUAUUGAUUAUUGUCAAAGUGUGGACGCAUGCAAAAAUGGACAUCAAGGACAAGGAAUAAUACAUUUAGGAUGUCCCAAUCCUGAUCAAAAAAAGGAUUUUGUAACUCAUAAAUUAUUUUGGGAAAGAACUGGCUUUAAAGAUCCAUAUUCACAACAAGACCAAGCAUUAUUUGCAAAAUGUGAUCAUGAAUGUCCAGAUGAAGAUCACAAAAAGCAACAAAAUCCUAAUUGUCCUCCUCCAAAAUCUUAUUGUGAACUGGAACUUUUCCAUAAACCUUUAAAUCCAUCAUCUAGUGCAUCAACUGGUAUUGGUUACAUUUCACUGGAUGGUCAUCAGUUCAGCUGUGAUAAUCCAAAUAAAAAAGAAGCAGAAUUCCAUGUUAUAUUUGCACUUGAUCGAUCAGGUUCAAUGAGUUAUACUGAUAGCAGACCUUUAGAAAACAUUCGUUCAGACAUCCGUCAAAAAAUUGCACAAAAACACAAUAAUAGGAUAGGCGCAGUUUAUUCGUUUAUGGAUACACGUCUUAAAUCUCAACAAAAUCAAGCUCAUGAUGCACUUUUAGACAAAAUGAUGCUGCAUCCUGCAAGAGGUGGGACUAACUUUGAUUUGGCAAUACAGAAAGCAGGAUUUUUGAUCGAUAAACAUUAUGAUCCAGCAAAAACAAAUGUUGUUAUAUUUUUGUCUGAUGGUCUGUGCGGAGCUCCAGAUUCCCGAUUAGAAACUAUUUGUAAAAAGAAUCAACAAAGAGGAUCACCAUUAUAUCUUUAUACAGUUUUAUUUAGCAGUGAUUCUUCCAGUCCAUCAUUAGAAAAAAUGGUUACUAUCGCACAAAAGUAUCUUCCAGCUAAUUCUUCAUCGAAAGCCUUGAAAUGCCAAUUCACUAAAGCUAUUAAUGAAGUAGCUUUAGCUACUCAUUUUACUGUUGUUGCAGAAAGUUUAAGUCACAAACCUUCUUUGAUGAGAAAAUUAUAA